AUGCUCUCUCGGGCCAAGCCGGCCGUGGGGGGUACCCCGCCGCCGGGAGACAGACGGAGGAAGAAAGGGAAGGAGGUGCCGCAGUUGGAAGAACUCUUGGCCCAGAGGGACUUCACCGGCGCGAUCGCCUUGCUGGAGUUUAAACAGCACGUAGCGGAGGAGGAGGAGGAUGGCAACCUUUGGAUUGGAUACUGUGCGUUUCAUUUGGGUGACUACAAGAGAGCUCUGGAGGAAUAUGAGGCUUUAACCAAGCAAGCAACUUGCAAACCAGAUGUUUGGGUGAACCUUGCCUGUACCUACUUCUUUCUGGGGAUGUACACGCAAGCAGAGCAAGCAGCCUUGAAAGCACCUAAGAGUGGUCUCCAGAACCGUUUACUCUUUCACCUGGCACAUAAGUUCAGUGAUGAAAAGAAACUGAUGAGCUCUCACCAGAACCUGCAGGAUGUUACAGAAGAUCAGCUUAGCCUGGCAUCCAUCCACUACAUGCGGUCCCACUACCAAGAAGCCAUUGAUAUCUACAAGCGCAUUCUGCUGGACAAUCGGGAAUACCUGGCUCUGAAUGUAUAUGUGGCCCUGUGCUAUUACAAACUGGAUUACUAUGAUGUCUCACAGGAAGUGCUAGCUGUUUAUCUUCAGCAAGUUCCUGACAGCACCAUUGCUCUUAACCUUAAGGCUUGUAACCAUUUCCGACUUUACAAUGGAAAGGCUGCAGAGGCAGAGCUCAAAAACUUGACAGACAGUGCCUCAUCAUCUUUUGAGUUUGGCAAGGAGCUCAUUAAGCACAAUCUGGUGGUUUUCCGAGGAGGAGAAGGGGCUUUGCAAGUCCUGCCUCCUCUGGUUGAUGUUAUUCCUGAGGCAAGACUGAAUCUUGUGAUUUACUAUCUCCAGCAAGAUGAUGUGCAGGAGGCUUAUAACCUGAUUAAGGACCUGGAACCUACAGCUCCACAGGAGUACAUCCUCAAAGGGGUGGUAAAUGCAGCACUUGGACAAGAAAUGGGCUCGAGAGAUCAUCUGAAAAUUGCUCAACAGUUCUUCCAGUUGGUGGGGGAAUCAGCCAGUGAAUGUGAUACCAUUCCAGGGAGACAGUGCAUGUCCUCCUGCUUCUUUCUUCUUAGACAAUUUCCUAAUGUCCUAAUUUACCUCAACUCAAUCAAGAGUUACUUCUACAACAAUGACACUUUUAACUUCAACUACGCCCAAGCCAAAGCUGCAAUGGGCAAUUUUAGUGAAGCUGAAGAGGUGUUCCUUUUGAUCCAGAGUGAGAAGAUAAAAAGUGAUUUUGUUUACCUUAGCUGGCUGGCUCGCUGCUAUAUUAUGAAUAAGAAACCACAGCUAGCCUGGAAGCUCUAUCUGAAGAUGGAAACAUCAGGGGACUCCUUUAACCUAUUGCAGCUCAUUGCAAAUGAUUGUUACAAAAUGCGUCAGUUUUACUAUUCAGCCAAAGCCUUUGAUAUUCUGGAGAGACUGGAUAAUAAUCCUGAAUACUGGGAAGGCAAGAGAGGUGCUUGUGUGGGUGUAUUUCAAAUGAUUUUAGCUGGACGAGAAGCAAAAGAGACUCUGCGGGAAGUUCUGCACCUUCUGAAGAGCACUGGUAAUUCUCAAGUAGAGUACAUUGUUCGCGUCAUGAAAAAGUGGGCCAAGGAGAACAGAGUCCCUGUUUGAGUCAGUGUCACAAAAUGAACCAGAGCAUGGAGACUUAUUUGACUGAUGGAAUUGUUCAAUCUCACUUUGAAAUUUAACACUCAGAACACUUCUUCAUGUUAAUAUAGUUCACAUGAGAACUUUAGCAAUCUGAUGGAUAAAAAGAUCUUUUGAAUUAUUUUGUUCAGCAUUUACCACUGUCAUGAGCAAUAUAUUCAUUAUACUUAUGGAUUUAUUAUACUGUCCUGUUUUUUUAAGGAGAACAGUUCAGGGAAUACAUAAUUCUAAAAGAAGGCAACAGUUGCAACAAAAUUGUCUUAUACAUUUGAUAGUAAAAGCAUUUGUAUAUUAUUUGUAAAAGAAAACUUUACAUUUUAUAAAUUUGUAAAAUACUUAAGUAUUUUUUUAUCUUUUGAGGGGAAUUGAGAAUACCAUAUUCCCUACUGUCUGUGCAUUGAUUAAAGCUCUUAUUUGAAUCUACA